UUAUAUUCGCCCUGGCUGACUGUCCUCUUCGGUGUACUUUGUUGCUUCGUGCAACUCUGAUCGACGUUGAUGUGCCGCAUGCGAGGGUUUUGUUUCCGCUUCUGAGGGUAUGGGUUGGUUGAUAAAUUCUGAGAGGCUUUAAGAAAAGUAAAGAUUGCAGACAGGAUCCUUGUCCACGCCAGGUUUGUUUUCAAGGAGAAGAUGUGGUCCGUCCCCAUCGUAUUAUCGCCUGUCCACAUUAAUGGAUCCCAACGAUCACUAGCAGUGAGAUAGAAUAGGGUUCAAAUACUCGCCUGACACUCCCAUCAGAGAAUAUUUCCGUGUUCUCCCGGUCGCCUGUUAUCCGGCCACAGUGUAGCAUCUGAGAGCGGAGUAUGGAGCCAAGCAGGCGGACGAUGUCGGGGGGGUACGCCAACAACCCGCCCCCAGGAAUGGGCCCUCCCAGGGGGUUAGGAUCUCAGCAAUGGUCGUUGAGCAAUCAGAUGAAUCGGGGUGGGCAAGGGGACUGGGCAAGGGGCAGUCCUCAAAGCGGGCAGCAGGGCAAUGCAGAACAAUGGAGAAUAGGUGCAGCAGGGGAGGGGAGAUCGCCCAGCGUGUCGUCGUACUCUUGGAGUGUGGCGAAUGACAGGAGUGAUGUAGCGGGACUGUCGUCGUCUCCACUGGUGGAUGGUAGCCUGGACAAUCUGGAGUCGAUGAGGGCGAUGGACGCCAACUUCUCGACGUCGUUUCCGGCAAUUUUCGAGAAAUUGAGGUUGUCGGAAUCAGAGAACCGUGUGGUUCAGUCUUUGGACGCUGCUUCGGCGCACUUGAUCACCGACCUGGACCCGGACGACACGCUGGCAUAUGGGUCGUUGGAGGAGUUGGAGUUCAACACGAUCGGGAACCUGCUUCCGGACGACGAAGAAGAGUUGUUGGCGGGGGUGGCAGAUAGCUACGACAUUCCGCAGAACAGGAGGGACGAGAAUGCGAACAUGGAGGAACUGGACGAGUUCGAUCUGUUCAGCUCUGGAGGUGGGAUGGAGCUAGAAGGCGACGCUCAGGAUGCCCUUGGUGUGUACAUGAGCAACCAUCGGUUAGGAGACGGGUCAGCGGCGGGGCUACAGUCCGGGGCUGCAGGAUCCGUUGCUGGAGAGCAUCCAUACGGGGAGCAUCCGUCACGGACGCUGUUUGUGCGGAACAUAAAUUCGAACGUGGAGGACACGGAGUUGAGACAGCUGUUCGAGCAAUACGGAGCCAUCCGCACGUUGUACACUGCUUGCAAGCAUCGAGGGUUUGUGAUGAUCUCGUAUUAUGACAUUCGAGCAGCACGGAGCGCGAUGCGAGCGCUGCAGAACAAACCGCUGAGGCGGCGCAAGCUGGAUAUUCACUUUUCGAUCCCGAAGGAUAAUCCAUCGGACAAGGACGUGAACCAGGGGACGCUGGUGGUGUUCAAUUUGGACGCAUCGGUGUCGAACGACGAGCUACGGCUAAUAUUUGGAGUUUACGGCGAAGUGAAAGAGAUUCGGGAGACGCCGCACAAGCGGCAUCACAAGUUCAUCGAGUUCUAUGAUGUUCGGUCGGCAGAGGCGGCAUUGCGGGCUCUGAAUAGAAGCGAUAUAGCCGGCAAGCGCAUCAAGCUUGAGCCAAGUCGACCAGGUGGAGCGCGACGGAGCAGCAGCUUGCUGCAACAGCUGAAUCAGGAAGCCGGGGACGAAGACCCCCGGGCGAGGCAACAACCUCAUUCGCCGCUGAAUACGUCACCUCCGGGGCAUGGUUCCAUGUGGAAUGGCGGUGCCGAGAACGGGUCGAUGCGGGGAAUGUAUCCGUUGCUGGGGCACGGGAAUUUCCAGUCUCCGAACAAGCCCCCGAGCGUUCCGAACUUCGCGUCGCACAUGUCUCAACCGAUCAGAGUGGGCACGAUAGGGAGCCAUGUGGGGCAAGCGAACCACAUGGAAGCGGGAGGUCAGUCUCUGGGACAUGGGGGAAUGGGUGGGUAUCGGUUGCCCCCUCAUCCACACUCGCUUCCGGAGUUCAGCAAGGGUGCAAUGAAUGUCGGGCAGUUUGGAACACCUGUAUCAGGCGGGUCCGGGUCCAAUGCAGGUGUGAUGAGGGCGCGCGAGGGUCGGGACAGCAUGGACGGUGGGAGUCGUUUGCAACGGACGACGAGCGGGAUGACGAGCUUCGGCGACACAUCGGUGCUGGAGAAUGCCAGCGGAGUGCGGCCUGGUAGCGGCGGAUUGAUGUUUCCCAGCUCGAAUGGGAACGGUUCCCUGUCCGGGCAGCAGUUCAGUCUGUGGGGUACUCCGAGUUCCUCGUUUUCGCACAUGUCUCAGAGUCCGCCUCCAGCUCUGUGGUCGAACUCGUCGUCGGUGGGGCAGUCGUUUUACGGAAUGGGGCAGGCACAGCUGCAAGCACACGCGUUCAACAGCAGCUUAUUGUCGGGUCUUUCACGUCACCACGUGGGUUCAGCGCCAUCAGGGGAGCCGUCGCUUUUGGAGAGGCGUCACAGCUACAUAGGAGGGGAGUCAUUGGGGGAGUCGAGCUCGCUGUUGAGGUCGUCAUCGGGGACAGGAUUGGGAGGGAAUGCAGCCCAUGCGAUAAACAUCGGGGUGAGUCACCAGCAUGGGAUGAUGAACUCGAGCAGUUCUCUGGGAGGCAGUUCGGGGAUGGAGCACGCAUCGUCGCCAAACGUGGGGAUGAUGUCUCCUCAGGCUCGGACACGUUUUCUGCAGAACGGAGGUCCGCUGGGGCCGAGUUCAAUAGAGGGUGCGUCGGACAGGGGUCGGAGUCGGAGGGGCGAGAGCGUUGCUGCGCAAGCGGACAACAAGAAGCAGUACCAACUGGACCUGGAGCGGAUAUUGCGCGGGGAUGAUCCGAGGACCACUCUGAUGAUCAAGAACAUCCCGAACAAGUACACAUCGAAGAUGCUGUUGGCCGCAAUCGAUGAGCAUCAUCGGGGCACGUACGACUUCAUCUAUCUUCCAAUCGACUUCAAGAACAAGUGCAAUGUUGGGUAUGCGUUCAUCAACAUGAUGUCGCCGUCGCGCAUAGUUCCGUUUUACAAGGCGUUCAACGGGAAGAAGUGGGAGAAGUUCAACUCGGAGAAGGUGGCUUCACUGGCGUACGCCCGAAUCCAGGGCAAAGCUGCUCUGGUGGCUCACUUCCAGAACUCGAGCCUGAUGAACGAGGACAAGCGGUGUCGUCCAAUCCUAUUUCAUUCGGACGGGGCUCAUAUGGGAGACCAGUUAGAGUAACGCGCGGUGGGAAAAGUUUUGCGAAGUGAAAUGAGUGCAUUGUUUUCGGAAGGCGGAAACAAGAAGGCAGGUGCUGAUUAUAGUGCGUAUUGAUUUGUCGGUGACGGGGGGGGGGAUCUAGUUAUUUGAGG